AUGCUUUCAGAGGACGACAUCUAUCGAGGCAAGGUCGCCCCUGCCCUACCUAUCAUUGUGGAGUCGGAGUCGGUGGCACCUGCAUCAUCCGCUUCGUCAUUAUCCGGAUCCUUCAUCACGCACACGGGUCGCUUGGGAGCUCUCGCCGCUGUACUAGAAAAUGCAAUUACUCGUUGGGCUCGAAGGCGAAGUUCCUCAGCUUCGGCUUCAUCAUCGUCCUCUAGUUCUGCAUCUUUCCACUCUUCUAUCUACACACCUUCUCGCCCUAGUCGGCGCAAGAGACGAACAAGCUCCGCUAACAUGCGUUCCACACAUUCCGAACGUGAGGUAGCCGCUCGUCUUAGGGUCAGACAGAAAAUUAGACGCGUUGAUAGAGGGUUUACCCUAUACCUACCCCCGAGUCUGAAUCCCGAGAUCACCCUGACCCGGUUGUCGGAAUCUUUGGACCGAUCUCAGCAGCCUGUCUCUCAAACAACCUCUCUACCUGUGGUCCUCAACUGUUUGGAGGCUGCACUGAAGAAGGCAUCAAGGGCAAAAAAAGGCAGAGGGAAACAACGUCAAUUCAGCCUUGACAUACCUCCGCUUCCCCUGCAUCAUGAUCAUAUGUCUGAUGCGAUGCUCUGUCGACCUGCGUCUUUCGGCGACAUCUCCUCCGCCUUGAUAUCUUCUGUCCCAGGGAAACAGAAAGAGUUCUCUUCAGGGAAUCGUAUGCCCAAUGAAUUGGCUUCCGGAGGCUCGCCCGAGUUCAACCGAGCUCCUAAAGCCUGGUGGCUUGACGUCGCCAGUCCAACUUGGGACGACUUACAAACCAUUGGCAAGCUCCUACAUAUUCAUCCUCUUACACUUGAGGAUAUUCUCCAACAAGAUCCGCGCGAAAAGAUGGAGCUCUUUUCAAAACUGGGUUAUUAUUUCAUCUCGUUCCGAACUAUACAGAAUGCAGCCGUCACGCAGCCGGAUUAUCAGGGCAUCUCAAGUAAUGACGAUGUUUACGAGGCUAACGACGGUGCUUUAAGAGAGGCCAACAUAUAUGUGGUAGUAUUCAAGGAAGGCAUUUGCACGUUUUAUUUCGCCGAUGUCUCAGAACACAUAGAGAAAGUCAGGAAUAGAGUUCAACUUCUCCAGGACUGCUUCAAUAUGUCAUCAGACUGGAUUGCUCAUGGCAUAUUGGACUCUGUUGUGGAUUCAUUCUUUCCGUUCCUAAAGGAAAUAGAGAAACAAGUUCUAGCUGUGGAAGCUCUCGUAUUUUCGAGCAACGACGUCUCCCACACUUCGUCGACAAACACUCUUGUUGAUCUCGUUCAUAUACCUACUGAUGAUUCCAACAUUGAAAAACUGCCAGAUACGCUUUCAAAAGAAAUGGGAGAAAACCCUCCCAGUUUGAAUCGUGGCCUUUCCCGGUUCACCCAGCCACUAUUCUUCCGACGUUUGAAAUGCAGGUUCCAAAUUUUGUGGAACACUUUUGCGACGACUCAUGAGGCCAAAGCACAAGCGACAACAACAAACACACUACUACGCAUGGCCAGGGCGAGAAGACUUGUUACUUCCUUGACUCGUCUUCUUGCUACAAAGUCGGAGGUCAUAUCGCAGAUCCGCAAACGCUUUUUGAUCGGUGGGCGACAAAUAGCCUCCCCUCAGGGGAACGACGACCUUGAAAUCGCCAUUUACAUGGGGGACGUUCAAGACCACAUAUUGACUUUACAGCAAUCCCUUCAUCACUACGAGCACAUGCUCAGCGAUUCUCACCCAGCAUAUCUGACCCAACUGCGAACUCAUCUCGCUAAGACUAAACAAUACACUGAUAAGGCCAUUUUGGUGGUGUCUCUCAUUAGUAUUGGGAUAAUGUGCAUUCAAAUUCCGAUCGGAAUAUUUUCAGAAAACGUCAAGAUUCCAAAGAAUAGCGUUGAUCCUCCAGGCCCUUACAAUUAUUUCGCCAUGGUCAUACUUUUGUUUUGUGGCGUCGAGGCUGUUUUUCUCGCCAACGUGCGGCGCUGGUGGAAUCAAGCAAAACGUACCCGAUCAAAGCUUUCAUAG